UUAGGAUGUAAUCAGAAAUUAAGACAGCAGCCACAAUUCAAAGCUUGGCGCCACUAGUUCUUCACCCAAGGCAUCAUGGGAUGUGUGUAAUUAAUUGAUAGUUAUUUUUUUAGUUAUUGUUUAUAUUGUAAAUAUUGAAUAAAAAAUAAGGAAAAUGUGCACCGAAAACGAGGAUUUGGAGAUGGAAUAUGAUGAUGUUCUUUUUGAUCUAGCUGAUCUAAGAGAAAGAUAUCCUGCCAAAUGUGCCAAUGAAUUAGCAGAAUGUCUACGUUUAACCACUGAAAAAAGUUUGAAGCCGAUAGAACGAAAAGAAAGAGAAAAAAUAGAAAAUACUAUUAUCACUGAUGAACAAAUGAUGUUAUAUAAUCAAGUAAUUUCUCCGAACAACGAAAAAUCUAAAAAACCAAUCAAAUAUGAUAAGAAAAUUAAGAAAAUGCUGACUCAAGUGGAGGAAUUAAAGGUAGUUUUAGAACAAAUAAAAGCUACAGAAUCGUGUCCGAUAAGUAGAGUAAUCAAUAGAAAGAGAUUUUCAUGACAUUUAUUAUAAUAAUCUAUAUUUCAAGUAUUUUUAUAACAAUUUCAUAUGAUAUUAAAUAAAAAAACGUUUUUUAUGAAACGAA